AUGGAUCGGCCUUAUCGACCGGAACGCUUCGACGCGGAUCCAAGUUGUCCCUCAGCCGCGAAAGUCUGGAAUCAUGGGCUUCGCAUAUUCACCUUGUUUAUCGCCAGAGCUGCGAAAUCAGAUGACGAAAAGCUAGAGCACCUCAUUGGAUGCGUUUCUCCCACCGUUUACGAGUAUAUUACCGAGAGUGAAACGUUCCAAUGCGCUAUGACGAUUCUAGAGAAGCUUUACAUGAAACCGAGGAACGAGGUUUUUGCUCGACACACACUGUCUACCAGUAAACAGGAAGCAGGUCUGAGUCUUGAUCAGUUUAUGCAGAAGCUGAAAUCACUUGCAAAAGACUGCAAAUUCGUAGCCGUCACGGUCGAGCAAAACCAAAACAGCGCCAUAUGA